GUGGACGACGAUGGCCAAAGCACAGCGUCCCACCAACCGUCCACAUCCACCAAAGCGUCCAACGUCCACAUCCAGCACAUAUAAAACACUACAGAUUCGUCUUCAUGGAGUACUUCAAUUGCCUCCUUCUGUUAUUUGCCUUGGUUUCUCUGUGCCGCCUGCUUCCCGUACUGUUGUCACUUUAUCAUGUCGAGCACAAGUUCAGCUACUGUCGCGAGUCAUUCACAGGACACGUGUUUAACGGACGUCGAUACAUUCGAUGACUCCAAGGUAGACAUUCGUCGAUAUGCCACCCUCCUCCCCGCUCAAAUUGCAGAGGGGCUCUCAUUAGUGUACUUCGAUGAGGAAGAUGACGAUGACAGUUACACUGAUUCUGAAUCCACAUGGGAGUUUUCUCCUGAACCUGUGGCAUGUGCUGUAGACUACUCCAAGCCAAGUGAUGCCACCACAUAUCAGGCUCACCACCUUGUCAAGAAAUAUCAAGAGUGUCCCAAGGGAGCCACCGAGGCCCAGAAGGUCAUUCAAGACUACCUACAGCGGCAUGCCAAAAGUGCGACCCAAGAGACCGCAGAGGCCCGCUGCCCCAAUACCGCGAAGGAACUUCCGAUCAUUCCCUACAACAGGGAUUCGACAUACACCCUCGCCAUCACUGACGAUGGACGGUCCAUGAUCGAUCUUGAGAAACGCCCCGAGCCAGCGAUUCGUAUGUUUCACCAUGACAGAGAAGGCGUAGCGCAGGCGCAGCUUCAAGGAAUUGAAAUGAUCCAGGCUGGACGCUGCACUCCUGGAGGCGGGAUCCGUUGUCAACGUCCUGGAUGCACUGAUGUCCUUCGCGAUCUCGAAGCACUCAAAUGUCACCUGCACAUUCAUAACAUCGGCGAUAUGUCCGAUGCCACAAGCACUUCUUCUACACAUACCCAAAAGGCAAAGGAACCUGCACAAUCUUCCAUAGAGUCUCCACCAACCAAGAAGACCUCGAGGAAGGUUCAUAAUCGGUCAAAAUCGUUCGCGGACUUGGACGCCACCUCGGGCCACUCGUGGGGCACCCACUCAACCAGAAAGAACCAUGCGAGGAGCCCUUAUUCACCCCCUCGCAGUCGCAAGCCCAGUGACACUCAUGUUAACUCGGGUGUAUCGCGCGCCCGAACCAAGCUCCCUGAUACAUUGAAUCCCCAACCCCGUGGGCGACGCAGCAACAGAGGUACCGUUCGCGGCGGACUCAGUGAGAUCGGACAUAACGACAGCAUCGCCAUGGUGCUUUCUCGUCCUACUUCGCCUGUACAAGGCACCAAGGAGGCCCUGGGUUUUGAGAUGAACCUACCUCUUAAUUUUGUGAACAAAAGCAGAGUACUAUCCGCUCCUGCGAGUCCGACUCGGGGAGAGAAGGAAGUAUCUCGUGCAAAGAGCCCUAACAGAGCGUUCAGCCCGGUCAGAGCCCUCAGUCCCAUCCGAGGCAUGUCAAACACUUGCGUUCUUUCUGAUCUGCCAGUUGAUAUUUUAAUGUCUCGCAGAUCGCCUCCGACGGGUGCUUUCGUUCGGAUGUUUGAAUGAGUCCAAAUGUAAUUAAUAGCCCAUGUAA